AUGGCUUAUCCUCUUAUAAUUCUGGAAGAUGGAAGCCUAAGGCUCACCGCAUUUGUAUACAAGUCAUUUGCACAGGCCAAACGCUACAUUUACAUUGAUGACAAAAUUCAAUCUCAAACACUUAUUUGGCUCUUAAGUAUUCAAAAAUCUGAUGGCUGCUUCAUAAAUCAUGGCAAAGUCUUCAACAAUGCUUUGAAGGGAGAAGAUAAUGAAAUCUCCCUCACUGCAUAUGUCAUCAACGCUCUGCUUGAAGCUGGUCAUCCAGUCUCAUUUGUGGCAGUUCAAAAGGGUCUCCAGUGCACAGAGGCUGCAUCUAGGAAGAGAGUUCUGACUACCUAUGACCAGGCUCUUUUGGCCUACACUUUCAGUUUAGUACAAUAUAAAGACAAAAGAGAAUUCUUCAUCAAUGAGCUGAGCAAGAAAGCAAAGAAAGCAGGUGGCUCAGUGUAUUGGGAACUGGAAGAGCGAAUUUCUAUGGAAGGCUCAUCCUCUUUCUACUAUCCUCAGUCUUCCUCUGCAAACAUAGAGACAACCUCUUAUGGCCUACUAGCCCUUCUUUCCAAGCCGAGGCUGACUUCAGAAGAGCUGUCCAGUGCUUCACAGGUUGUACAGUGGGUAGCAAAGCAGCAAAAUUCCUAUGGAGGUUUCUCCUCCACGAAGAUUAAAUUGCUUCAUCCUGACAACUCUCCCAUCCCAAAUGAAGUUAUCCAAUUGCACCUAAAGGACAAAAUUGUGGGUAACUACACCACAGAUACAAAUGGCAUUGCACAAUUUUCCUUGGACACAUCUAAGCUUACAUACCCAAAUAUCACUUUGAAAAUAUAG